AACCGUAGAAGUGAAGCCGAGUACUCGAAGCAACCUCCUUCCUCUUCUUCUUCUUCUUCUUCUUCUUCUUCUUCUUCACCGACGACGAGGAGGAUGCUGCAGGAUCAGGCGACCAGCUCCCUUCAUUCGAGCAGCGAGAGGUCCUCUAGCCCCCCGCCUCAGAUGGAAGUCAAAGAAGGACUGGAGAGCGACGAGGAGAUCAGGAGAGUUCCGGAUUUCGGAUUCGAGCCGCCCGGCCCGUCGACCUCCGGCCGGGAGGCCACUUCGAUGGCUGGUCCGGACCGGGCCCAGUCCGCCGCCCAGCCCGUCCCGCGGCGGAGAGGAAGGCGCCCCGCCGACAAGGAGCACACUCGGCUGAAGAGGUUGCUGAGGAAUCGAGUGUCAGCUCAGCAAGCAAGGGAGAGGAAGAAAACUUACCUGAAUGAUUUGGAGGCCAAGGCGAAGGAUUUGGAGGCCAGGAACACAGAACUGGAGGAGAGGUUGUCCACGUUGCAGAAUGAGAACAACAUGCUGAGACAAAUCCUGAAAAACACUACUGUUUGUAGGAAAGGAUCUAAUAUUGGUGCCACUGAGGAAGGCAGGUAGAGAAUUGUUCUAAACACCACACUUUCUUUGGAUAUUGAGAUCUCACACCAACAAGUCUGUUGUAAUCUCAUAGUGACCCUGGUGAAAGGGUCCAUGAAAGAAAAAGAAAGACAUUUAUGAUUGAAAUGUUGUGGGUUUUUGUGUCAAGGAACAGCUUGUGUACUCUUUCCAUCUGAAUUUAAUUUGUUGGAUGAGUUUUUUAUUCUCAUCAUGAAG